CGAUGCAAUAGCGCAGCGGUCAUCAGUGGAACAGAAGCCUAUCAUCUGAAAUUCCAUAGCCCUGGAACUCAAUAGAUGUUGCUCACCACAGAUAUAAAGGGCAUCGAACCACCGCCCAUCAACCAAAUCAUCAGCACGAUCAAUCUACUCUCCUACAGCCUAAUCGACAAACCAGCUCGCCUUCUUUCGUUCUUAUACAUUCUUAUACAUCCCCUCGCUUCAAUCACCACUUCAACCAACCACCAAAACCACCACUUCAGCGAACAUGCACUUCUCCACCUUCCUCCCCGUCUUGGCCUUCGGUGCCUCCCUCGUCCAGGCUGUUCCCGCUGACGACCUCGUCGCCAGAGGUGCCGUCUGUGUCGACAGCGACAUGGCUCGUGUCCGCUCUGCUCAGUCUGCUCCCUAUGGCUUCUGUACCAAGUGGAUCGGCGCCACCACCCACACUUCAUCGCCCAUCAACGGCUUGACCAUGAAGCGUGUCUCGGCUGCUUGUCAGUGUAUCGUCUCUGAGGCCAAGAAGGCUGCCGCCUCUUCCUCCAAGGCUUCGGUUGCCGCUUCCAUCUCCAAGUCCAAGGCUUCCGCCUCUUCGGCCCUCUCUGUCUCCAGAGCCUCCGUCUCCAAGUCCAAGGCUUCGGUUGCCUCUGUCUCCAAGGCAUCUCGUGUCUCGGUUGCCUCUGUAUCUAAGGCCUCUGCCGAAUCCCGUGUCUCGGUCUCUCUUGCUUCCGUCUCCAAGUCCAAGGCUUCCGCCGCCUCUGUCUCCAUUGCCUCCGUCUCCAAGUCGCGCGUCUCUGUUGCCUCUGUCUCCAAGGCCUCUGCCAUCUCUCGUGUCUCGGCUUCUCUUGCUUCGGUCUCCUCUUCCAAGAACUCUGUCGCUUCUCUCUCGCGCGCACAGGUCUCUGCUUCUCAGGCUUCCGUCAUCUCCGUCUCCAAGGCCUCGCGCUCAUCUGCCAUGCUUGCUUCCCAGUCUAGCGUCCACGACGUCCUUGCCUCCAAGGCUUCCGUCUCGGCUGUCUCGGUUGCCUCUGCCAACUCUGUCCGCGCCUCCAUCUCCAGAGCCAGCGCCUCUUCCACCAGACUUGCUACCGUCUCUGCCUCCAAGGCCUCCGCUGCUUCCGUUGCUGCUUCCAUCUCAUCCGCAUCCUCUGCUUCUGCCGCCUCGGCCUUCUCUGCCGCCAAGGCCUCCAGCGUUGCUGAGCGCUCUUCUGCCAACGCCGCCGCUGCUUCUUCUUCCAACGCCGCCGUCUCUGCCUCGCGCGCUUCGGUCUCCGCCGCUCGUGCCUCUUCCAUCCUCUCUGCCUCAUCUGCUUCCGUUGCUUCCAGAGCAUCUGCCUCUUCCGUCGCCUCGGUCUCCAAGAUGUCCGCCGCCUCCGAGUCUCGCGCUGUUGCCUCCGCCUCCAAGGCCUCGGUCGCUUCUGCCUCCAAGGCUUCCGCCUCGGCCUUCGCCACUGCCAUUGUCCCCUUCAACGGCACCACCAACGCCCGCCACUAAAGCAUUCGCUUCAGUGUCUAGCACCCUCCUUUUCCUUUGUACAACUUGCAUAUGCCACAUGUGGUCUGGCAUCUUUCCUCCACCCUUACACUUCUGUCGUUUUCAAAAACAUUUUCAUCACACAUAUCUGCUGGCACAGUCUGCGCUUUAUUAAUGUAUAACCUCUGCGGAGCGACAAUGCCGGGUCAGUUGUCUAUUAUAUGAAAAAAGUAGAUAGUCUUCUUCUCUCUUAAUACAUCUCAUACAUUACACUGAAUAUCGUCUCUC